CAUGGCCAGUGGGGGUCCCGUCCGAGAGCUCUGCGAGGAAGUCACCUGUCCCAUCUGCCUGGAGUACUUCAGGGACCCGGUGACGAUUGCCGAAUGCGGCCACAAUUUCUGCCGGGCCUGCCUGACCUGCAGCUGGGGGGAGUCGGGGGGCGAGGCAUCCUGCCCCCAGUGCAGAGGAAAGGCUCAGGAGGGAAACCUCCGGCCGAAUCGGCAGCUGGCAAACAUCGUGGAAAUAGCCCAAAAACUCAGCCUCCAGGUGGAAGAAGCCAGGAAGGAAGAAGCCCGGGAGAGAAUCUGCGAGAAACACCGGGAGCCCCUCAAGCUGUUCUGCCAAACUGAUGAGAUCCUGGUCUGUAUGAUCUGUGAUAAAUCCAAGGAGCACAAAAGUCAUGAGGUGAUUCCAGCUAAGGAGGCUGCCCAGGAAUACAAGGAUAAGAUCUUCGAUUGCCUGGAGACUCUGAGGACUGAGAGGGAGGAAAUUCUGGAAUAUAUACAAGACGUUGAAGAUGAAAGCCAAGAAUUGCUGAGAAGAACAGAAUCAGAGCGGCAAACGAGAGUGGCUGAGUUCAGAACACUACACCAGUUGCUGAAUAAACACGAAAAAGAUCUGCUGGCCCAGAUCGAAGAGACAGAGAAGGACAUUGCAAGGAAAAGGGACGAACACCUGGCCAAACUCUCUGAGGAACUCUCCUCUCUCGAAAGCCUCAUCCGGGAGAUGGAGGAGAAGCAUCAGCAGGCGGGGAAUGAACUCCUGCAGGAUGUCAGAAGCACCUUGCAGAGGUUUGAGAAGAAGGAGACAUUUGAGAAUCCAGAGGCUUUCCCAAUUGAGCUGACAUGUCCGGUCCGCUACAGACGUCAUAAACGCUUUCUGGAGCUGGCCAUGUUACGAUUCAGAGACAUUCUGCGUUGGGCGUUUCCAGAGCGAAGAGCCACGGUAACUGUGGAUCCAGCCUCAGCUAGUUCCCAUGCUGUCCUCUGUUUGAAUCAGGAAACCAUAGAAUGGCAAAGUGAAACUCAAGACCUCUCUGAAGAUCCUGAGAAACGCUACGGCUUUGUGUUGGGCCGUGAGGGAUUCACAACAGGCUGCCAUUUUUGGGAAGUCGAUGUAUUCGGGGAAGGCUGGGCUGUGGGGGUGGCCAGAAAGCCUGUGAAGGGUAGGGUCACCUUGACUCCUGAGGAGGGGAUCUGGGCUGUGGGGAGGUGGAAGGGCCAGUACAAGGUUUUCGUAAAGGGCACUGACCCUCCCCUGACCAUGAUGUUGGAAUCUGACAGUAUUCGAAUCUGUCUGAACUACGAGGGGAGGGCUGUGGCCUUUUACGAUGCCGACACAACAGGCCUUCUCAACGAGUUCUCUGGAGCCUCCUUCUCUGGAGAGACCCUUUAUCCUUUCUUUGCUGUAUAUGAUAGUGGCUGCCUGUGGCUCAGCCCUUAAGGCUUUCAGAAUCCCCUCAGAGGCCAUAAUGGUGUUUAUGACACCAGGAAGAUUAAUGAAGAACACCUAAGAUUUCUUACCAACGAGCCCCUUUCCUGGUUCAAUAAGAAGCUUCUACAGGUUCCCAGUCACCAAAAACUAACAAAAUGGUACCUGUUUUCCCCUGAGAGCUCUUUCUCCUUGGCCUGUUUUUUCUAAAAAAGGACAGUAACACAUUAACUGUCACCAAUAACCCUCGCAACCAGUUUGAAGAUAAAGGGAGAAGUAAGAAAUCUGGGUCUUCAGGCCUCCAGUCUCUCCCCCUCCCCCCAACAAUCAUUUCCGGUUUUCCUCCCAUCCCUCACUAGAUCUGGAGGUGCUUGAUCUGCCUUAGUUCAGGGAUAAACGACACAAAAUGUUCAAGGCAAGAUCAUUGGCGUAUUGUAACACCUGUUUAAGAAACUAGCGUGAAUGAAAGGUUGGUUUCCAAGUGGUCUGCAGCACAGAUCGUGCAACAGUUAAAACUGAUUCAGGUGAAUGGCCGUGUUGGUCUGAAGCAGAACGUUUUAUUCUGGGUAUAAGCUU